GGUCUAUAUCAUGCGGACGCUUUUUUUGUGUUUUUUUGGCACAAGCGUCCAUUAUUUUGACUUCCGGCAACAAGUCCAAACUAAACAACACAAUUGAAAGAAAGAUUAUUUGUUUACUGUUCGUAUCUUGAAGUUUCUAGAAACAUGCCACUUUUUCCAUUUGGUGAUAAAUUUUCUCCAAAGAAAACACCCCCUAGAAGAGCCCAAUCACUAUCAAACCUUCACCUUGAUGCAGAUAAAACUCGGGAAGAAUUUGGUCCAGAUGUAGGCCCUGUCAAACUAAAACUUGGCGGUCAGGAAGUGGCUUUUGAAAAUGGAAUGUGGGUACAAGAGACUGGUCCCAGUGCUGCAAGUCAUAAAGAAGUGAUGAAACUACGACGUGAUAACCAAAAUCUGUCAGAGGAAAAUAAUCUACUUAAAUUAAAGAUAGACAUAUUAUUGGACAUGUUAGCAGAAACUUCAGCGAUUUCUCACUACCACGAAAAUGAGCUAAAACAGUUAAAAUCUGGCAAGAAAAAAUAGUGGUCAAUUAAGUUAUUAUAAGCCAUUGUGAUAAAGACUUGGGACCUUAAUUAAACAUUUAGAAAAAAAUUAUCAAUGAAAAUGCAUUAAAUGUACGGAAAAGGGUUGGAAGCAAGUGGGAAUUUCAUGAACAUCCUCUAGAAAAGUUUAUCAUUACAGUUGGCAUGAUAUGUAGAAAUUAUUGCUGGGUUUUGCUCUUAAUACGCAAUCACAUCAUUCUUGUAGAUCUAUGGACUGUUCUUUACUAGUAUAUCAACUUUAUAAUCAGUAAUUAUGAUUCAAAGAUUAUUGAAUGAGAUAUUGUGUUCCAGUUUCUUGAAUUAACAGGCAAAAAAUGAUUAAUUUAUAAGGUAUGAUAUAUUUUUUACAAUCUAUAUGUUUCUAUUAAAAUUGUUCAGACUUUGUACUGAGUAUUUUAAGAACAUGUAUAUAAAGAAUAUUUUAACAUUCCAUAUGGGUACAAUUGUUUUAAAUCUAAUUUUUUACUUACUUUCAGUAAAUGUAUAAAUUCUUUUAAAGUCUGUUACCUCAUGAUUAAUUUGCUUUAAAGGAAUGUCAAUUCUUUUUACUUCUAUGUUACCAUGAUAACAAUAUGUAUUACAUAUCAUUUUUGAAAGUUGUCCGUCCAUUUUAUCUUUUUUACAAGUUUAUAUAUUUGAGGAUCAGAAGCUCAUAAUUUUCAUAUAUCUGUAGAAUUUUUAAUUCUCUGAAUAAACUGACUAAAAGCAACUUUGCAGAGGUAAUUUAUAGUACAUAGUUUUUUAUUACUUUGACUUGAAAAUUUACUUUUUGUGUUACUUUUUAGCUCGACUAUUCAAUAAGAAUAAGUAGAGCUAUUGCAGUCACCCGAGCGUCGGCGUCGGCGUAACCACUUAUGUUAAAGUUUUUGUAAUAGUUCAAAUAUUUUCAAAGUCCAUAGACAUAUGGCUUUGAAACUUUGCACACUUGUUCACCAUCAUGACCCCAACCUGUAGACAGGAGGAGGUAACUCUAUCAAGCAUUUUGACAGAAUUAUGCCCCUUUUUCGACUUAGAAUUUACGUUAAAGUUUUUGUAAUAGUUCAAAUAUUUUCAAAGUCCAUUGACAUAUGGCUUUAAAACUUUGCACACUUGUUCACCAUCAUGACCCCAACCUGUAGACAAGAGGAGGUAACUGUAUCAAGCAUUUUGACAGAAUUAUGCCCCUUUUUCGACUUAGAAUUUACGUUAAAGUUUUUGUAAUAGUUCAAAUAUUUUCAAAGUCCAUUGACAUAUGGCUUUGAAACUUUGCACACUUGUUCAACAUCAUGACCCCAACCUGUAAACAGGAGGAGGUAACUCUAUCAAGCAUUUUGACAGAAUUAUGCCCCUUUUUCGACUUAGAAUUUACGUUAAAGUUUUUGUAAUAGUUCAAAUAUUUUCAAAGUCCAUUAACAUAUGGCUUUGAAACUUUGCACAUUUGUUCAACAUCAUGACCCCAACCUGUAAACAGGAGGAGGUAACUCUAUCAAGCAUUUUGA